GACCCAGUUCGGCAAUCGGAUAUGUCGUCGGUUGAUGCAACAACAGGCGGGAACAUUGCAAUAUCCAUCGUGUCCGUGAUCACCGGCGGGAUAGUGAUAAUCGUGGUAUCGGUGCUCGUGUACAAGUGCUGCAAGCUGCGCAUCAUGCGCAAGUACGGUGGCCUUCCGCAGCCGGCGGUGCUGCCGACGGUGGAGAUGAGGACGGCUGCAGCACCAAUCGUCGGCGGCGGUGGCAGCACGGCGACGAUGGCUAGCGGCAAGAUCAGCAGCAGCUAUGGCGCGGUGGACGUCGUCAAGAACAGGCCCGUGAGGUUCAGCUCGCUGCAGCUGCAGGAAUUCACCGGCAACUACGCUGAAAAGCUCGGCGCCGGCGGCUUCGGCGUCGUGUAUAGUGGCCAGAUCCCCCUCCCGGAUCACGGCAGCCUGCAGGUGGCCGUGAAGGUCCUCGGCAGUAACAUGGGGCGGCGCGCCGAGGAACAGUUCAUGGCGGAGAUCGGCACUAUCGGCAGGACGUCGCACGUCAAUCUCGUCCGGCUCUACGGCUUCUGCUUCGACGCCGAGCUCAAGGCGCUCGUCUACGAGUUCAUGCCCAACGGCUCGCUGGACCGCCACCUCUUCCACGACGACGGCGACAAUGGGAACGGUGGCCAGCUCAUGUUCGACAAGCUCUACGACGUCGCCGUCGGCACGGCGAAGGCGAUCCGGUACCUCCACGACGAUUGCGAGCGGCGGAUCAUCCACUACGACAUCAAGCCCGGCAACGUGCUCCUCGACGAGGACUUCCGUCCCAAGGUGGCCGACUUCGGGCUGGCGAGGCUGUGCGAGCGGGAGAGGACGCACAUGACGAUGACCGGCGGCGGGCGGGGCACCCCGGGGUACGCGGCGCCGGAGUUGUGGAUGGCGGCGCCGGCGACGCACAAGUGCGACGUGUACAGCUACGGCAUGCUGCUGUUCGAGAUCCUGGGGCGGCGCAGGAACUACGUCGACGGCGGCACGCAGGACGAGAGCGUGGAGCGAUGGUACCCGCGGUGGGCGUGGCAGCGGCUGGAGCGCGGGGAGACGGAGGCGCUGGCGGCGCGGGCGCUGGCCGGCAAGGCCGGCAAGGAGGGGAGGAAGAAGGUGGAGCGGAUGUGCGCGGUGGCGCUGUGGUGCGUGCAGUACCGGCCGGAGGACAGACCGCCGAUGAGCGGCGUGGUGCGGAUGCUGGAGGGCGACGAGGACGUCGCCGCGCCGGCCGUGAGCCCCUUCGCGCAUCUUGACUCCGAUCAGCAGGUGGCGCAAACUUUCACGGCGGACACCACUACCACGUUCGGCUCCGCCGCGUAAACAUUAGUUCUUCCGGUCCAUUCCUCCUGGAAGUAUUAGGUCUUGUAGUUUUAUGCAUAUUUGCCUUCCAUGUACUAGCAGCUUACUUCUAAUGGAUUGAUUGGUCAACUUCGUAGUAACAAAA